AUGAACGCGGAGGAGGUAAAAGUUGGAUGCUUUCAAGUGGUGAUCGUGUUUCUGCUUGGUGUUAAUUAUGUCAUAGUUGCUAUGAGCCACGCGUUGCCGGUUUUUCACAAUUACACACCGAAAUAUUACUGUCAGGCGAAGAAUGGGACGAAACGAACGUACGGUUGCCAAGAGGUCGGCAACGUGACUGUUGCAACCAACGGAACUUCCGGCUUCAAAGAAUCCUUGGAUGCAGAUUUCUGCUUCGGCGAAUAUCAAUUUUCAACCGAAUUCGGGGAGAAUAGCGUUGUAACAGAAUGGGGUUUAAUUUGCGAGAAACGGUAUUUGACGUUUCUUGGACCGACUGUUUACUAUAUUGGGGUUUUAAUGGGCGCCUGGAUCGCUGGACUUUUAGCAGAUCGUAUAGGAAGACUUCCGGUUCAAGCGAUUUGCCUUUACACUCAGGGCACAAUGGCUGUUGCAUUAUACGUUGUGCAGAAUUACCCCACGUUUCUGGCUCUUCGUGGACUGCAAGGAGUCUUUGUUCAGGGUUUACAAAAUUCGACGUAUAUUCUUUCUUUGGAAUUGUUGCCCGCGAAAGCACGGACAUUCGUCGCGUUGGUUAUGCAAAUUGGAUGGGCCAUCGGUUUGAUCCUUCUGGCCGCGCUUAGUUAUGUAAUACCGGAUUGGAGAAUUUUACAAUUGGCAGUCUCGGUUCCCACUGCGGCAACUGUACUCUACAUUUGGAUUAUACCAGAAUCGCCAAGAUGGCUGUUGGCAAAGGGUAAAACGACGGAAGCAGAUAUGGCAGUGGAACGUAUCACGAAGUACAAUGUCUGUUGCACCAGAUCACGGAGGGAAAAUGCUAAAACGGAGAGCAGCAUUCUCGAGGCAGCGACGCCGGUGAAACCGGAAAGGAAGUCGCGUGUUUCAUGUGCAGACUUGAAGAAAUCGAAAACCGAUAACGAAAUGAAAGAAGAAGCUGCGAAUUUGCUGAAUAGCAACACGGAUGCAGUGCAACAGAAAGUUCGAAAAACGAGCUUGAGAGCGAUUUCAGAAAAUUUGGAGAGCAAACUCCCCAAAACGGAAUCAGAACCGGAAGCUGCUCAACGUGCAAAUGGAGAGAUAGAGAAGAGGAAUGCUCCGUCAAGCUCGAAGACUCAUCGGAAGUCGAAAUCGAUAUCACAGCCGGCUGGUAAUCAACGACUUUCCAUGAAAAAUGCGUACGACACCGUGGAGCUACGAACACCCGUGAAAAAGGAGCCUUCGCCGAGUAAAGAAGAAGAGAAAAAGAUUAACAAAGUCAAAGAAAAAUCUAGCAACGUUCAAACGAGAGAAGAAUUGAUGGAACUGUUCAAGUCUAAAUCGUUAAGAAAGUAUGGUGUCGUAAUGAUUUGUCAAUGGUUGACUUCUUCUAUGGCGUGCUAUGUGUUUAUGACGCUUGUCCCGACUUUCCCUGUAAAUAGACAUGUCACUUUUGCUCUAGGAGGGGCAUUAGAAAUUGCAACGUACGUGUUUGUCUACUUUGUAUUAUCCAGAUAUGGUAGACGAGUGCCGAUGUCCGCGUAUCAAUCUCUCAGCGGUACAAUUUGCAUCUUAUUGGCAGCUAUAAUUAUUUUGUCUAAUCCUGCGACUGCAAUCGAUGUCACGAAGACCGUUAUGCUCCUAUUUGGAAGAGUAGCAGUUAUGAGUACAGUUUCCGUAGCAUAUUUGUACACGAUCGAAAUAUUUCCAACUGUUGUGCGAGGGACCUGUUUGGGCUUGUGCACCGUUUUCGCAAAAGUCGGCAGUUUGUGCACACCGCACGUAUUAAUAUCGGGUGAACAUUUUCCAGUCACCAUUCCGUUGAUAAUCAUUGGAAUGCUUUGCUUAGUGUCUGGAGCACUUGCUUUACUUUUACCAGAGACUUUGCACAAAGUUUUACCCGACACAACAGAGGACUCUGAGUUGUUGAUCGUAAAAAGGAGAGAAAAGAAGAAUAACGAGAAUCUAAACAACGAGAGUGCACUUGUCAAUGAGGACACUUCAGAAAGGGAAAUAUUGAGAGCUAAAUUAUUCUCGGAAGAUUGGGUGGACGCAGGAAAUGGUAUAUUAGUGAAUUUCACGGAGAAUAAAAAUUCCGAUUGA